CAGCGGACCGCGAGUGCUGGAGUGGGUGGGGACAGCGGGCAGCGGACAGCGGACCAGGGCACACACAGCACGCCGGUAGGGCGCGGCGCGGCGCCAGGGCAGCGGCAGCAACAGAGUCGCGGCGCGGCCCCCCAUGCCGCAGCAGCAGCAGCCGCAGCCGCCAUGAACUCGAACGCGAUCCGCGGCAUCCGCCGCAAGAAGUCGUCGCUGUGCGAGGUCAAGAUCGCCGUGCUGGGGGCGGCCGCCGUCGGCAAGAGCGCACUGUCUGUACGCUUCAUCACCAGACGUUACAUAGGAGAAUAUGAUCACCAAACAGAAAAUAGAUACAAACAUGAGGCAAUGGUUGAUGGAGAACCAGUGCUGUUUGAAAUCCUAGACAUGUGUUCAAAGAAUGAAGAUGACCUUCCCAGCAGUGAAUCGUUACAGUGGGCAGAUGGGUACCUAUUGGUUUACUCUAUCACUGACAGACAUUCAUUCAACUUUGUGCGGAAGGUUAGACAGCAACUGCCUGGUGAUGCACCUAUGGCUCUUGUUGGAAACAAAGCAGACAUGGUACAUCUGCGCCAAGUUAGCACAGAUGAAGGUGAAAUCCUGGCAAAGGACUUUGAAUGCUGGUUUGGUGAAGUGACAGCAGCAGAGCAAGUAACCCAAGUAGCAGAUGCAUUCCAUGAGGUGUGUCGUGAAGUCCUUGGUCUGCGACGGCGCAGUAAGCAGUCACUACUGGACAGAGUCCUUGGUGGAAAAAGUACAGGUCUUGGACUACGUGCUUAUUCUCGGGGAAAAAGUGACAGUGCUCUUCCCAAGGACUGA